AUGGACUCUAUCUGUCCUUUCUCCAAGCCCUUCUCUGCCAAAAAGGUAACUGAGAAGACUGUUAAAGCAAAAAGCACUGUUCCAGCCUCGGAUGACACCUAUCCUGAAAUAGAAAAAUUCCUUCCCUUCAAUCCUUUAGAUUUUGAGAGUUUUGACCUGCUUGCAGAGCACCAGAUUGCACACCUCCCCUUGAAUGGAGUGCCUCUCAUGAUCCUUGAUGAGGAGAGGGAACUUGAAAAGCUGUUACACCUGGGCCCCCCUUCACCUCUGAAGAUGCCCUCUCAACCAUGGGAGUCUAAUCUGUGGCAGUCUCCAAGCGUUCUGUCGACCCUGGAUGUUGAAUUGCCACCUGUUUUGCUAGGACUUAGAUAUCUGAAUUUCUUAGCACCUAAUAGUUUGUACGUUUUGUAUUAA